UUGUCAUUAAGUGAAAAGUUGAAUACAUUGUCCCAAAUUUAAAUUCCUUUUUUUUUAUUUGCGUUGCAAAGUGAAUUAUCUAAAAUAAGAUUUAUGCUUUAUUUAAACUCAACAGUGGGCAUUUACGUAUUUACUAGCAGUGAAAAUAUUUUAAAUAAUAUAAUUCAGUCAUUAUACAACAUAACCUUAUUCCGAAAUGUCGGUCACUAACAUUGAUACUGUAGAAAAUUUUGUGAAUUUCGUAAGGUCGCCAUCCUUAACAGUUGUGCACUUCUCAGCUGAUUGGGCAGACCAAUGUGGUCAGGUUACAGACAUAAUGAAAGAACUGCUAAAAUUACCAGAAGUACAAUCCAGUGGUAGUAAAUUUGGUGUUUGUGAUGCCGAAAACCUUUCAGAAAUCUCACUGAAAUAUAAGGUGGAUUCUGUUCCUACUGUAAUAUUAUUUAAAAAUGGAACUCAAAUAGACAGAAUUGAUGGAGCUGAUGCUGCUCAAAUAUCUUCAAAGGUUAGAACUCACAGUGGAGCUAAAGAUGCUUUAGAUGUAUCACCUAAACAGUCAUUAGAAGAAAGACUGAAAGCUCUUAUAAAUAAACAUAAUAUAAUGGUGUUUAUGAAAGGGAAUAGGGAUGCACCUAGAUGUGGUUUCAGUAGAACUCUCAUUCAAAUUCUUAAUGGUACUGGAGUGCAGUAUGAAACAUUUGAUAUCUUAACAGACGAGGAGGUUCGGCAAGGUCUGAAGGCAUAUUCUGAUUGGCCCACAUAUCCUCAAUUGUAUGUCAAAGGAGAGUUAGUAGGUGGAUUAGACAUUAUAAAAGAACUUCAAGCUAAUGGAGAGCUAGAGUCUACUCUAAACCCUUAAAUUAUGCUUAUCAGUGUUGUGUAGCUCAUUUUUUAUUUAUUUAAUAAAAAUAAUGAAAUUUUA